UCUACAGUUUUUAAAAUGAUCAAAAACAAGAGGUUGAAUUGUGUGCAAAGCCAAUCCUGGCACAGGGUUAUCGCAGGGAAAGAUUCCGCUUCCUCCGCCCCGCUCGGCUUGCUCAUCCACGGCACAGGAGGGCGCUGCGAGGGGAGGUUCCCACUCCUUUCUUCCCGACACCGCGCGAUUUGUAACUGGUGUCUUGGCGGGAUUGAGCUGCUGAUGCCCGUGGACAGAGGGAAGGAGCGGGUGGUGGCGCUGGUGGACAUGGAUUGCUUUUAUGUGCAGGUGGAACAGAAGACCAACCCUGAGCUGAGGGGCAAGCCCUGUGCUGUGGUCCAGUACAAAACUUGGCAAGGCGGUGGGAUUAUUGCUGUCAGCUAUGAAGCUCGGGCCUAUGGAGUGAAGAGAGGCAUGAGGGGGGUGGAAGCCACCAAGAAGUGCCCUGGCUUGUUGCUGGCUCGGAUCCCAGAGGCACAUGGCAAGGCUGACCUCAGCAAAUACCGCCAGGCCAGUGGAGAGGUGGUGGCAGUGAUGUCACGGUUUGCUGUGAUCGAGCGGGCCAGCAUCGACGAGGUUUACGCUGACCUGACCGCUGAAGCCCAGCGUCUCCUGCGGCAGCCGGGGGCGCUGAACCGGGUGGGGGCAGAGGCUCAACUCCGGAGCACCUUUGUGGAGGGGUUCCCCCGAGACAGGGGCACCUCAACGGAACAGGACGCAGGCCGCAACAGAGAGGAGGUGCGGCAGGAGGGCUUGCAGGCCUGGUUGGAUUUGCUGCCCUGGGACAUGGGCCAGAACAGCCUCGAGCUGCUGCUUACUGCUGGUGCAGUCAUUGUCGAGCGGAUGCGGGCAGCUGUGGAGGCAGAAACCGGAUACAGAUGCUCAGCUGGAAUCUCACACAACAAGGUUUUGGCCAAGCUAAGCUGUGGUGUGAACAAGCCAAACCGACAGACGCUGCUGCCCCUGGGCUCGGUGGACAAGCUCUUCGAUUCUCUGCCCAUCAGCAAGAUCCGUAACCUCGGUGGCAAGUUGGGAGACUCCAUCUCGCAGCUGCUGAACAUCGAGUACAUGGGGCAGCUCCGCGCCUUCCCUGAAGCACAGCUCCAAGCAAGGUUUGGGGAGAAAAUUGGGAGCUGGCUUUUUGACCUGUGCCGGGGACUCGACUUUGAACCGGUGAGGCCCCGACACCUCCCGAAAUCCAUCGGAUGCAGCAAGCAUUUUCUGGGCAAGGAGGCCCUUGGCACCUGUGAACAGGUACAAUAUUGGCUGCUGCAGUUGUCGACAGAGCUACAAGAGAGGCUGCAACAGGAUCAGCAACAGAACAGACGAGUGGCACGGCAACUGGCGGUGGGUGUGCAAAAUCUGGAUGGCAGCUUUCAAAGAUGCUGCCCCCUGUCUAGGCAGGAUGCCCCCACGAUCGCCCAGGACGCUCACCGACUCAUCAAGGUCUUUAACACAGCUGGGGCCCAGGGGGGAGUUUGGUCUCCAGCCGUGCUGGCUCUCAAUCUGUCUGCACGGAACUUCUUUCCUUCUCCAACAGCCUCCAGCCCCAGUAUCACCCACUUCCUGAACCGUUCCAAUCACCGGCCAGUGCCUGAGGUGCAAUCCCCAGCAACUGCCAAUCCAGGCAGCCCAGCCAAACACAGAGCCGGAACCAUCACUCACUUCUUUCAGCAGGCACUGCCCCAGCCCAUCCCCAACACUGACCCCACACCAGCCCGGCCCCAACCCUUCUCUAACCUCUCACCAUGCCCCAACAGUCAUGAUCUCAACCCCAAACACUCACCACUCCAGCCUCUGCCCCUCUCCAACCCUUCAACCUGCUCUGGCGCCUGCCACUCACCCACACCAUCCCAGAUUGGUGGGGACAGUGACCAUGUGAAGCCUGCACCGGCUGACCAACCCAGCACAUCGUUCUUCAAACGGAAAUCUCUUGACCAUUCACCUGUAAAGCCUCCAUCACAGACCCCCCAACAGCCCCUGAUCUCCCCAUCAGCCAGCAGCUUGCCCCCUGAAGCACUGGUGCACUGUAGGAGGUGUGGGAAGUCCACACUCCCUUGGGAAGUGGCAGAGCAUGAGGAUUUCCACUUUGCCCUCGAACUCCAGCAGUCCCUCGCAGCCUCCCCAUUCCCCUCAGCCCCUCGGACGCCCACCAGCCCCUCAGGUCAACUGAAGAAAGCCACUCCGCUGAGGCCUGCCAGGAAACGAGCCCGCACAGCCAUCAAGACAUUGGACUGGUAUUUUCGGAAAGCUCCAUCCUAGUACCUGUGGUUACAGAAAAAAAAGUUAUCAACCCUUCCCCUCUCCCCUUAAUCCCUCCCCCCUAACAUAUCCCUAUAGAAAAAAAAGAGAAGAAAAAAAGAAAGAAAGAAAGAAAGAAAGAGAAAGAAAGAAUGCCUGGAUAUCGGAAGAUCCCCACAUGCUCCAUGGAGUUCAUAAUAGCUUUAAUAUGUAUAUUUAUUUAUUUCCCCUGAUAACCAAUAAUUUUAUCUUCAGAGCACCUAUAUAUUUAAUCCUAUCUUUUGUAAAUAAGGGCACCAAAUUUUCAAAAAUAUUUCAUAUUUAUCUCUUAAAUUAUAAGUAAUUUUUUCAAAUGGAAUGCAGCUAAAAACUUCAUUCUUUCAACGAUCUAUACUUAAGUAUGAAUCCGAUUUCCAAGUAACUGCAGUAGCCUUUUUGGCUACUGCCAAUGCAAUUUUUAUGAAUUCUUUCUGAUAUUUAUUCAAUUUGGAUUUUGAUUUUAUCCUUUAAAUAUCACCUAGUAAAAAUAAUGUUGGAUUAUGUGGAAGUUGUAUUCCAAUAAUUUGUUCCAGUAAAACUCUUAAAUUUGUCCAAAAAGAUUGAAUUUUAAAACAAGAUCAAGUAGAGUGUAAAAAAGUACCAGUUUCUUGAUUACAUCAAAAACAUUGAUCAGAUAAAUUUGCGUUUAAUCUAUUUAUUUUUUGUGGUGUAAUAUAUAAUUGAUGUAAAAAGUUAAUUGUACUAAUCUUAGUCGAACAUUUAUUGUAUUUGUCAUACUGUCAAGACAUAAUCUUGACCAACUUGUUUCAUCAAUUUUAAUCUUCAAAUCAGUUUCCCAUUUUUGUCUUGACUUAUGAAUUCCCUGCUUAAUUGCCUGUUUUUGAAUCAAAUUAUACAUACCAGAAAUUUUUUUUUAAAUUUUCCUUUAUGAAUUAAAGUUUCUAUUUCAUUAGGUUUCAGCAAUUACAUUGUUUGACCCAGUUUAUCUCCUAAAUAAGCGCUUAAUUGGAAAUAACAGAAAAGAGUGUUAUUUGAUAUUUUGUAUUUAUUCUUUAAUUGGUCAAAUGACAUUAAUAUACCUCCUUCGAAACAGUCUCCUAUAUAUAUAAAAUCCCUUUGUGAAACCAAUUAUAUAAAAGUUGAUUAUCCAUUGUAAAAGGAAUAAGUUAAAGGUCUCUUUGCUAAUAAAGAUUUAUCUCAUCAUCAACAUUUAUCUUAUUCCAUAAAUCAAUCAAAUGUUUUAGUAUAGGAGAUUCUUUCUUUUCCCGUAUCCAUUUAGAUUCCCAUUUAUAUAUAAAAUCUUCUGGUAUAUUUUCUCCUAUUUUAUCUAAUUCUAUUCUAAUCCAUGCUGGUUUAUCUUCAUCAAAAAAAGAUACAAUAAAUCUAAGUUGAUUUGCUUUGUAAUAAUUCUUAAAAUUUGGUAAUUGUAACCCUCCUAGGUCAAAUUUCCAUGUCAAUUUUUCCAACAAUAUUCUUGACAUCUUACCUUUCCAAAGGAAUUACACAUUUAUUUAACUCUUUUAAAAACUUCUGCGGUAAUUGUAUUGGUAGUGUUUGGAAUAAAUAUUGUAAUCUAGGGAAUAUAUUCAUUUUUACAGCAUUAGUAGGUAGAGUCAAUGUUAUUGGUAACAUCAUCCAUUUGUCAAGAUCCUCUUGAAUUUUUUUCAAUAUGGCAAAUAAUUUAGUUUAUAUAAAUUCUUUAUAUCAUCAUCAACUCUUAUACCUAGAUACUUUAUACCAUUUAUCGGCCAUCUAAAUUGAGUUAUUAAUCGACAUUGACUAUAAUCUCCUUUAGUAAGAGGUAGAAUUUCACUUUUAUCCCAAUUUAUUUUGUACCCUGAUAUUUUCCCAUAUUCUUCCAAUCUAGAAGGUAAUUUACACAACAAAUGCAAUGGGUUAGCUAGAUAAAUCAGAACGUCAUCAGCAAAUAAAUUAAUCUUUUAUUCCUCUUGAUUAACUCUGAAACCCAUAAUAUCUGAGUCAGUUUAAUUAAUUCAGCUAAUGGUUCUAUCGGCAACACAAAUAAAGCAGGUGAUAAUGGACAACCUUGUCUAGUUGACCUUGUUAACUGAAAUGAUGUUGAAAUUUGGCCAUUUGUCACCACUUUAGCUUUGGGGUUAGUAUUUAAGGUUUUAAUCCAUUUUAUAAAAGAUACUCCUAAUCCAUAUUUUUCCAAUACCCUAAAUAAAAAAACCCAUUCCAAUCUAUCAAAUGCUUUUUCUGCAUCCAAAGCAACUGCCACACUCAUUUCUUCCCUCUUUUGUGCCAAAUGAAUUAUGCUAAGUAACCGAGUUACAUUAUCUGUCGAUUGUCUAUUUUUAAUAAAUCCUGCUUGGUCCAUGUGUAUUAAUUUUGGUAAGUAUUUAGAUAAUCUAUUAGAUAAAAUCUUUGCUAUUAUUUUAUAGUUCAUGUUCAACAAAGAAAUAGGUCUAUAUGAUGUUGGCUUUAAAAGAUCUCUGUCUUUUUUUGGCAAUACUAUUAAAAUAGCCGUCGAAAAAGAUUCUGGAAGUUUAUGUGUUCUUUCCGCUUGGUGUAUUAGCUCCAUAAAAGGAGGAAUUAAUAAAUCUUU